AUGAUGAGCUUGCCUUCAGUUCCAAGGGGUCAGGCGGCUUCUGCUUACAGAGGCAGCACAGCAGCGCUUCCAGGAAGACGCUCCGUUUUGCCUCCCAUUGAGGGUGGCUUUGGUGGCGCCCGCGGUGCUUCGCGCCAAUCAGUGCUUGAUCCGCCAGAUGGAGGUUUGGUUCGCCGCGUCUCGGUGACUCCUACGGCAACGGAGAUGUCGAGAGACAGUAUCUCAAAAACCCUUUCGUCGCUGAAGUUGUUCAAGGAUUUGGACCCUGCGGUCAUGCAGAUGAUUCCUGAGAUCGUGACAUCCAUUUUUUGCCAGGCCGGGACCGUGCUCUUCAAGCAGGGCGAUCCACCGGGCAGCUGCUAUGCUCCAACCACAGCAUGGAUCUGCCAUGAUCUGCCAGUUGCACGGUCAGAGGUUUUCGGGUAA